AUGCAAUACGCAGUCACCGUGGAUGUUCUUCACACGGUAUUCUCUGCAUUUGGUACUGUCCAAAAGAUUGCAAUAUUUGAGAAGAAUGGUGGAACUCAGGCACUAAUUCAGUAUUCUGAUAUCACGACUGCAGCUGUUGCCAAAGAUGCGUUAGAGGGUCAUUGCAUAUAUGAUGGUGGCUAUUGUAAGCUUCAUCUAUCAUACUCUCGUCAUACUGAUCUCAAUGUAAAGGCAUACAGUGACAAAAGUAGAGAUUACACUAUCCCUGAAUCACUUGCAAUGCAUCAAGCUCCGGGCGUUCCUGCUCCAACUUCAGGGUGGCUACAUACUACUUCAGCUUCAGUAGUCCCUGGGAUUGGUUAUGCUUCUGGGGGUGCUUUACCGGUUCAGUCUCCUGUGGCACCAGCGUCGUGGGAUCCAGCUGUGCAGACAAGCAGACCAACCUUCAUGUCUGGUCCUGGCUCAUUUCCUGGUCAAACAUAUUCAUCAACUUCAGUUCCUGCUUAUUCCUCUGCAGCAAUUCCACCUGGUUCCUCGCCACUUUCUCAAACAAACCAUGUCACUGCUGGUGCUCCACCGAUGAGGGUAACUCAGCCUUUGCAUCAGUCAAAUGUUUUACCUGGUGGUAUUUCUCCUCCAGGUCAAACUCCUUACUACGCUCCAUGA